AUGCGCACAAGCCGGUGUCCAGUGUCAGCAGCUGUUGAGUCCAUGAACGGACCGAGACACUCAAUGACCGCGUGCACCCGCUAUAGCCGGUGCUGACCUGGUACACAACCGGACUGACUUUAUACUGACACGGCACAGAGCCGGGCCGGACCCUGAAGGUAGAGCCGCUGGAGUUAGCAGCUAACAGCUAACUGACAGCAGCCCGUCAGCUGUUAACGGAGCUAACGGGCUAACGCAGCUAACGGUACUGACGGUGCUAACGGAGCUAACGGUGCCACGCGCUGACCCGAGUCACUGUCUGGAUCCUCGGAACCUCCUCCAGCCGGACUGUCUCCGGCGUUCAGCGGUUGGUUCUGGUGAAGCUCCGGCGGAUACAGAAGGCUACAUAACCGGUAGAGCUCUGCUAACCGGGCCGGGAGAGACGCUUCAACCCGGUUCGGUAGGAGGACCGGGAGCCGACAUGUUGAUAGCAGCAGUCGGUUCUGGACAUGGAAACUCUGCUGCCUCCGGAAAGAAACACCGGCGGAGAGGCAAGAAGCACCGGAGGGUCCGAGCAGACGAGAACCGGCCUGAUGACAUCUGUGACCUCCAGAGUUUGAACGUUGAUGACAGCCUGCCUCCACACAGUUACCCCCAACUGCCCCCAACACCUCCACAGAGUUACCCCCAGCUGCCCCCAACACCUCCACAGAGUUACCCCCAACUGCCCCCAACACCUCCACAGAGUUACCCCCAACUGCCCCAAACACCUCCACAGAGUUACCCCCAGCUGCCCCAAACACCUCCACAGAGUUACCCCCAACUGCCCCAAACACCUCAACAGAAUUACCCCCAACUGCCCCAAACACCUCCACAGAGUUACCCCCAACUGCCCCAAACACCUCCACAGAGUUACCCCCAGCUGCCCCCAACACCUCCACAGAGUUACCCCCAACUGCCCCAAACACCUCCACAGAGUUACCCCCAGCUGCCCCAAACACCUCCACAGAGUUACCCCCAACUGCCCCAAACACCUCCACAGAGUUGCCCCCAGCUGCCCCAAACACCUCCACAGAGUUACCCCCAACUGCCCCAAACACCUCCACAGAAUGACCCCCAACUGCCCCAAACACCUCCACAGAGUUACCCCCAGUUGCCCCAAACACCUCCACAGAAUGACCCCCAACUGCCCCAAACACCUCCACAGAGUUACCCCCAGUUGCCCCAAACACCUCCACAGAGUUACCCCCAGCUGCCCUCAGCAUCUCCACAGAGUUACCCCCAGACUGCCCAUCUGCCCCAGAGCACUCUCGAAACCAGCCCCUCACCAGGAACCCCACCAACACGUCCAGAUGACCCCAGUGAAACCACCCCAUCACCCAUCGAACCUACCCUGUUGCCCCCUCAGGUUGCCCCCAGAACCCCGUCACACAUCGAACCUACCCCGUUGCCCCCUCAGAUUGCCCCAAGAACCCCGUCACCAUUCCCCCAUCACACACCACCCGCUGCAGAUACAAUAAACCCUCCUGUAGCUCCGCCUCCUCCUGACAACACCCUCCAAACCUCACUGUUCUUCAGCCAAUCACCUCCUACCAUAACACUAAGCCCCACCCACAGUUGCCGUCACUCACCACCAACUGUUAGCCAAAUAAUUACCCAGAAUUCUUUCAGAUCGCCUCAUAGGACUCUUGUCAAAUCACCUCCAGCCUCACCUCACAGCGUUACCCACAAUGCCUCGGACUCGACAUCAGUAUUGUCCAAAGCUCCUCCCACCCCUCCGUUAAGCCCUGCCUACCCAGACCCCUUCCUGCUGACCUCAGUGACCUUUACUUCUUCCCACCUCUACUCCCCCCUCUGCACCUCUCCUGCCUCUUUCCUGCGAUCCCUCGACCCUCUGGGCCCUCCCAUUGGUCUGCCUCCUGUGAUGUCAUCAGCCACCCAACAAUUGACCACGCCCCAUACACCACUGAGCCCGCCCCCCGCUGAGUUCACCCCGCCUCCUGCUCAGCUGCUGGGCUCCGAUGACGAGGAGCAGGAGGACCCGUCAGACUACUGCAAAGGCGGUUACUACCCGGUGAAGAUUGGCGACCUGUUCAACGGGAGGUACCACGUGGUCAGGAAGCUGGGCUGGGGACACUUCUCCACCGUGUGGCUCUGCUGGGACCUGCAGAAGAAGCGUUUCGUGGCGCUGAAGGUGGUGAAGAGCGCUCCUCAUUACACCGAGACGGCGCUGGACGAGAUUAAACUGCUGCGAUGUGUGAGAGACAGCGACCCCUCUGACCCCUACAGGGAAACCAUCGUCCAACUUAUUGACGACUUCAAAAUCUCAGGAGUCAAUGGAGUGCAUGUUUGCAUGGUUCUGGAGGUUUUGGGUCAUCAGCUGUUAAAGUGGAUCAUCAAGUCAAACUAUAUGGGGCUUCCUCUGGUGUGUGUGAAGACCAUCAUCAGACAGGUGCUGCAGGGACUAGACUACCUCCACACCAAAUGUAAGAUCAUCCACACCGACAUCAAACCAGAGAACAUCCUGUUGGACGCUGAUGAGGUUUACAUCAGAAGAUUGGCAGCUGAAGCCACCAACUGGCAGAGAGCCGGAGCCCCGCCCCCUUCUGGGUCAUCAGUUAGCACGGCUCCCAGGGAUCUCCAGGUAAGUGUCCAGGUUGGAAAAUUGUCAAAAAACAAGAAGAAGAAGUUGAAGAGAAAAGCGAAACGUCAACAGAAACUGUUGGAGGAGAGACUGAUGGAUAUACAGAGGAUGGAGGAGGAGGACGAACUGCAGCAACCUGAAGAUACAGACAAUACCUUUGUCAAUGGCAACACUUCCUGCUCCACAGCCAAUAGCAAAGCCAGCCCUGAGUCCAGCAGCUCCUGGUUGGAGGACAAGUGUAAUGGCCACGCCCCCGGACGGUUCUCCAGCCCCGCCUCCGGCCUAUCAGGGUUCUCCAGCUCUGUGAUGUCAGCGACGUCUGAGUCUGCACUUUCUGCUCAGUCUGGAUGCUCGAGUGGACGAGACGUGUUCAGCGCCUCAGACUUCGUCCUCAGUCCUCUGGAUCCUCAGAACGCCGAACGGCUGCGAGUGAAGAUCGCUGAUCUGGGAAACGCCUGCUGGGUGCACAAACACUUCACAGAGGACAUCCAGACCCGACAGUACCGGGCGCUGGAAGUUCUGAUCGGAGCAGAAUACGGACCGCCGGCCGACAUCUGGAGCACCGCCUGCAUGGCCUUUGAGCUGGCGACAGGAGAUUAUCUGUUUGAACCUCAUUCAGGAGAAGACUACACCAGAGACGAAGAUCACAUCGCUCACAUCAUCGAGCUGCUCGGACCCAUUCCUCUGCCUUUCGCUCUGUCUGGAAGGUACUCCAGAGAGUACUUCAACAGGAGAGGUGAGCUGCGUCACAUCUCCAGCCUGAAGCCGUGGGGUUUGUUCGAGGUUCUGUUGGAGAAGUACGAGUGGCCUCUGGACCAGGCGGCUCAGUUCAGUGACUUCCUGCUGACCAUGUUGGACCUGCAGCCUGAACGCAGGGCGACAGCAGCGCAGUGUCUGCAGCAUGCAUGGCUGCACUCUUAGACACUUCCUGUCUGACCCAUGGAGGAGGGAAACUAUCACCUCCACUGAUACGUUCAACACCAGACUGGAUGGGUGGUCCAUCAGCUGAUCACCUGAACCCUGAAUCCAAACUGAUCUGAUGUCAGCUUUGUAGCUCCACAGGUAGCAUGUUAGCAACAGGUUGCCUAGGACUAACGGGUAGGUAGAAGCACACCUGGACACACACACACCUGGACAGAGACACCUGGACACACACACCUGGACAGAGACACCUGGACACACACCCAGACAGAGACAUUUGGACACACACACCUGGACGGAGACACCUGGACACACACCUGGACAGAGACACCCGGACACACACACCUGGACAGAGACACCUGGACACACACACCCGGACGGAGACACCUGGACAGACACCUGGACGGAGACACCUGGACACACACCUGGACAGAGACACCUGGACACACACCUGGACACACACACCUGGACAGAGACACCUGGACAGACACCUGGACAGAGACACCUGGACACACACACCCGGACGGAGACACCUGGACAGACACCUGGACACAGACACCUGGACGGAGACACCUGGACACACACACCUGGACAGAGACACCUGGACACACACACACCUGGACAGAGACACCUGGACACAGACACCUGGACGGAGACACCUGGACGGAGACACCUGGACGGAGACACCUGGACACACACCUGGACAGAGACACCUGGACACACACACUUGGACAGACACACCUGGACACACACACCUGGACGGAGACACUUGGACACACACCUGGACACACCUGGACGGAGACACCUGGACACACACACCUGGACACAGACACCUGGACGGAGACACCUGGACACACACACCUGGACACAGACACCUGGACGGAGACACCUGGACACACACACUUGGACAGACACACCUGGACGGAGACACCUGGACACACACUUGGACAGACACACCUGGACACAGACACCUGGACACACACACUUGGCAGCUCCAUGUUCUGUUUUUCGAUCUGCUGUUUUCACAUCUGAUGUUCAGAUUAUUGAGUCUAAAGUCAGAGUUUAUACCUGCUGCAUCUCCAUGGUAACCAAUGCUGCACAGGUAGAUCUCCAUGGUAACCGAUGCUGCACAGAUAGAUCUCCAUUGUAACUGAACAUAAACAAAGCCCUGAUAGGUUAACCCUGCUAGACAGUGCGGGUUCCUCGGGUGUUCCUCAGGUCCAGUAAGAUCCCUGAUGUUUCUGAUCAGACUCAUUGAUCUGAUGUGUGAUUGGCCCAGGAGCCUGUAGCAUUUUUAUAUGUUGUAUGUUCAACCUGAACACACUCUGAACCAGUUACAUGUCAAACCUUCUGUAAUACCUUCAGUUAAAAGCUUCUGUUGAAAAUGAUUUAGAGUUUAAAAAAACAUGUUUGGAUUCUGUCUCAAUGUCGUUCGCAACACGCUACAUGCUACAGCUGGAGUUUAGUUUCCCUCCUGCAGAAUCACAUUUUUUGUUCUUAUUUUUCAAUGGUCUUCUGUUAGUUUUUAUUUUCUGCCUGUCUGUCGCCUCCUGCUGCUCCUGAGAGACGAUUAAUGAUUGAUUAUUGAUCGGAGACUCCUGAACCUCCGCGAUGAACAUGAGUUUUAUUAGAAAAAGCACACUAUAGCUUCCUGUCACUGCAUUACUGACGACAGUAUUAUUGAUGGAGUUAUUAUUGAUGAUGGCAUUAUUGGAGGUAUUACUGAUGAAGAGCUUACUGACUUUAUUGACGACAGUAUUUAUAUGUGUAGCUGAACUUGAGUCGUCCUCGGCUUCCUGCUCUCACCUCUUUCUAUGUUCAUAUAAUAAACAGUGCCUUGAAACAGCCCUGACCCCGCCCCCUCCUCCCUGUCAGUGACAUCACAGUGAUGUAAAAGGUUUUUCUACAUGCGUCUGUGUGGACUGUUGUUCUGUGAAAAUAAAGACAACUGAUCGCUGGUUUCUGA